GAGUUUGUCCAGCCUGUUAGAUCAAGGCAUGGUUUCAGCAUCUCUGACCCCCACAAGGACUUGGAGUGGUCUUCUGGACUGGGGAUGCGGGUGGAAGUGGGCAAGGGAGGCUAGGAUCCCGCCUUGAUGUUGCUUUCGGUUGGGGACGGAACCUGGAGAUCUUCUCAGCCUGGCAUGGAUUUUGGGGUGGCCCUGCUGGUGAUUCCUGCUCUCUGGCUUUGGGGACAAGCCGCUUCAGAACCAGUCAACUUUUGCUCCUCAGCUCCAUGUAAGAACGGAGGGACCUGCAGAGACCUGGAAGACAGCUACCAGUGCUUGUGCGCCCAGCACCCCGUAGCAUAUGUGGGAAGAGACUGUGAGUUGCUAGCCGAACCAUGCGAUGGACAUCCUUGUCCACCUGAGUGGAGUUGCAGUGGGACACCUGGAUACCUAAAUUACACUUGCCACUGUGGAUCAAGCUUGGCAGAUGCCUCCUGCCGAUCUCAAGGGGAAGAGUGCAAGGCGAACCCUUGUCCUCAGCCCGGUUUUGAGUGUGUCAGCCUCCAGGAUGGGUACGGUUGUCACUGCCCGAGUGGAAACCAUUGCUUACCGAGCUCUUCCAUUUGUUCAAGUCAACUUUGCAACAACGGUAGCUGUCUCGAGAACGGCGGGACGUACAUGUGCCAGUGCCCGGCUGGCCACACGGGUACCCACUGCGAGGAGGAGGUCGACGAGUGCGCCUCCAACCCCUGCCAGAACGGAGCCAUCUGCCUCGACCGCGUCAACGAAUACAGUUGCUUCUGCGUGCCUGGAUUUCAGGGCUACCACUGCGAAAUUGACAUCAACGAAUGCGCCUCCCGACCUUGUCAACACAACGGCACCUGCCUCAACGAGAUAGACCAUUACGUUUGCCAGUGUCUGCCCGGCUACACAGGUGUGAACUGCGAUGUGGAGAUCAACGAGUGUGAAUCCGGUCCCUGUUGGCAUGGUGGCACCUGCUCUGACCAUAUUGGCUUCUUCACCUGUUCCUGCCUGCCGGGCUACCAAGGAACCCAGUGCGAAGUGGAUAUUGAUGAAUGCCAAAGCCAGCCUUGUCUUAACGGAGCUAUCUGUGAGGACCUGGUCAACAGCUACCAGUGUGACUGUCACAACACGGGCUUCGAAGGACAACAUUGCGAGACGGACAUCCUGGAGUGUGCUUCGCAACCUUGUCAGAACGGAGCCCCGUGCUUGGAAGGAGCUGGAUUUUACAACUGUUCUUGCUGGCCAGGAUACGUGGGAACACACUGCGAAGAAGAUCUAAACGAGUGCGCCACGCACCCCUGUCUCAACGAUGGAGAGUGCUUCGAAUUGUCCAAUCAGAGCUACUACGGGAGACGGGAGGAUUUCCCCGAGCGGUUUAGCUACGAAGAAGCCGCUGGUUUCAUCUGCAGUUGUCAUCCCGGUUUUGAAGGAGAAACCUGUUCCGUCGACAUCGAUGAAUGUGAAUCUCAACCGUGCGAGAACGGAGGGAGUUGUGUGGACUUGGUGAACAGCUAUCAUUGCGACUGCUUGCCCGGAUAUUCAGGGAUCGAGUGUGCCAACGAGAUAGAUGAAUGCGAGGGCCACCCUUGUGAAAAUGGAGGGACCUGCGAAGACGCCAUCGCUGACUAUAUCUGCCGUUGUAUCUUCAACCCAGACGGCGUAGCCUGGGGUGGGAAGAACUGCUCUGUGGAGCUCACGGGUUGCAAGAUCCACCACUGCCAAAACGGGGCUCUGUGUGUCCCCACCUUCCAAUCAGAGGCCCACGGCUACCUGUGCCAGUGUCCUCCUGGAUUUUACGGGCCCACCUGCUCCAUCCCAACCACCUUCUCCCUGACGGACAAUGGCUAUCUCUUAAUCAACGCAUCUGCGGAUGAUAGGAACACAAGUGGUCACGGAGCGAGCGUAGCUCUCCGGUUCCGGACUACUCUUCUCAAUGGCCUCCUUUUCUACCGAGGCCACCAAACUGAGCAUCUGCUCCUGGAACUCUAUGCUGGCCUUCUACAGGUGAUGCUUUUGACUCAGGAGGCCAACGUAUCUUUCACGCUGGAGUCACCGCCGGUGAACGAUGGCCACUGGCACAAAGCAGAAGUGUCUCUACAAGAGUCUCUUGAAUUCAGGCUGUGGCAUGAAGCUUGCCAAGGAGGCAUCUGCCUGUUCAGCCAUCCCCUUGGCGAGACUACCCCUGUUUCUCUCCUGCCCUCAUUUCUGAAUAUAUAUGUUGGAGGAGUUGAGGAGACGUUAAUGAUCAACUGCACGGGACACUUCACUGGUUGCUUCGAAGACCUGCAGAUUGACUCCAAGAUACUCCUACCAGAGGACGUAGAAGGUCUACAGCUUCCUGGAUUUCAACUGGGUUGUGAGAGAACGGAAUGGUGUCAGUCUCAGCCUUGUUCCCACGGUGGUCAAUGCAUUGACUUCUGGACGGACUUCCGUUGUCGCUGCUCCCGGCCUUACGAAGGCCACACUUGUUCCUACGAGUCACCCUCAGCGACAUUUGGCCAGGAUAAUUCUUCUAGCUUUGUCACCUUUGAGGUUCCCGACAGCCUCGGGCCCAAUUUUAACCUCUCCUUUUUUAUCCGGACGCGGAAGGCCGGCGGACUCAUAUUCCAGAUCAGCAACGGAAGCGAUGUUUUCCUUACGGUAUACUUGAAGGACGGGAAGCUCCAGAUCGAAGCACCGUCGGCUGCUUGGGUGGGAUCUUCUGGAAAUCUGGCCGACGGCACCAGGCACUUUGUGGCGCUCUCCUUCCAUGAAGGCCUCGCUCGGGCCAGCCUGUUAAACAGAGAAGAAGAGCUGGGAGAUCUGGCCGUCGCCUUUCUUGCUGCUAAUUUUGAGAUCCAUGUGGGUGGGCUCCCCCACGAAGAAAAUUUGGACCUCUGGGGGGGCCCUUUUAAAGGCUGCCUGCAGGAUAUCCAACUCAAUCACCACCAGAUGCAGUUUUUCCCUCCUCCAGAUAACGACAGCCUUCCACAGGACGUGUAUGUGAGGCAAAACCAGAACGUUGUCCCAGAAUGCCUCUCAGACAAUGCCUGCAAGUCUUCUCCUUGCCUCAACGGUGGUCUCUGUACCGUCACCUGGAAUGACUUCAACUGUAGUUGCCCGCCCAACUUUACCGGGAAAUGUUGUGAGGAGAAAGUCUGGUGCCAAAGAGAUUUGUGUCCUCCACUUACCGCUUGUGUGGAUGUCCCCUCCGGUUAUGUAUGUCUGGCCAAUGCCACAUUUGAUGAGCACGAUGCCGUUGAAUUCACAGCCAAUAUGUCUAUCGUCAGAGCUCUUCACAGCCUCCGCCUGGAUUUCAGGACGCGGGACAGCGAUGCUGUCUUGAUACAAGCCAUCGAGGAAGUCGAUUCCCUUCUGGUGGCUAUUCAAAACUCUUCGCUCCUGGUUGAAAUCCGGAGCGGGAAUGGAGUCGAGGGAGCCAACUUUCUCAGGCCCAUGCCCGUCGCUGAUGGCUCCUGGCACACCCUCUUGUUGACCAUGGAAGAGCCCUCAGCCUAUUCGUCAAGGUGGCAUCUCCAACUGGACGAUUCCACCAACACAACUCUCCUGGGUAAUGCCGGCAACCUGGAUUUCUUAAAAGGCAACGCAUUUAUUGUCUUGGCUGAAAACUUCACGGGCUGCCUCGGACACGUAGACAUCGGGGGGCUGUUUUUGCCCCUGUCCAGCCACCCUUUUUACCCACAGCCAGAACAAUUCGUUCAGGUGACCAGCAGGGCCCUCCUUCUGGGCUGCCAGGGAGAAGACAUCUGUUCUUCCAAUCCGUGUCAUCACGAAGGCUCCUGCUUGGACCUCUUCAACGCCUUCGGUUGUGCCUGCCAGCCUGGGUGGGAAGGGCCGCUAUGCGAGACCAACACGGAUGAGUGUAAAUCUACCCCGUGUCUUCACGGCGAGUGCGAAGACCUAGUAGGAGACUUCCAGUGCAUCUGUCAUAAAGGUUUCAUCGGGAAACGUUGCCAUAUCAACGUAGAUGACUGCAUAAGGCACCAGUGCCAGAAUGGAGGGACCUGUGUGGAUGACGUCUACAGCUACACCUGCAAAUGCCCGCCAGAAUACUCUGGCCCUCUCUGCGAGUGGCUUCCCCCUGAACAAUGUGGCAAGAACUUCACCUGUUUGAACGGCGGCAAAUGCAUGAGUGGGCCAUGGGGAGCCAACUGCAGCUGCAAGAUCGGCUACACGGGGAAGAAGUGCCAGAUCAACGUCAGCGAUUGUGACCCCAGCCUUUGCAAAAACGGGGGGACGUGCCAGCACUCCAUGAAUCGAUCCUGGUGUAUCUGCGGUGCCAACUACGCUGGGGAAUAUUGUGAUGUCAGUAGAGGGAGCCUUCCAGGCUCUGCCUUCCCCUUCCCCUUGGUUGAAGUGGCAGUUCCGGUCGUCUGCAGCUGCCUCUUUCUUCUCAUCAUCAUCCUCGUCCUCAUGAUCCUCACCGCCCGGAAGAGACGCCAAUCCGAGGGAACCUACAGCCCGAGCCAGCAGGAAGUGGCCGGAGCUCGCCUGGAGAUGGACAGCGUCCUCAAAGUCCCACCCGAAGAACGUUUAAUAUAAGCAACGAGGGGAUUUGAUAAAAGUUGGCACAAAAGUGUGGGCAGAGUGCUCCUUCCAACAGACCAGGAUGGCAGUGAAGUUGGACGCCCAUUGAGUGGGUGGCCCACCUGUAUACCUGGGACCUUUGAGGACCUAUACAUGUGCCUUGUGGGUUCCUCUCUGGCAGUGGCAGCAACCGGCCUCUCAAUCAUACCACACACCUGUCCACUCCCAUGCUUCAGAAGGGCUGUUCUAAUCCAACAGGCUGCCUUGGCAAGUGGCUGUGCGGAAGGACGAUCGGCCACAGACUUCUCUGAGCAUCAACCAACCGACCGGAGAAUCCACACGGAAGCCCUGCCUCUCUCCUCGGUGUGGUUUAGACUCUCUUUGUGAUGGCCUCCAGGGAGGAGUUACAAAGUGGUCCUGUUGGGGUGGGCGAUUGUGGCAUUCUCGAAAGGCUCUACUUGUUUUAAGAGGGUUGUGAUGGCUCUGGUUUUGACAUGGGGGGAUGGGGGGAAGGAUUCGGAGGCCUUGUUUCUAGAGGCAGGGAUAGGACAUCCUGAAUUGUCAGGAUUGGCAUAAAACGAGAGUCGUGACGAAGACACAACAGCUGGGCAAAUGCACUUCCUCACUUUUGACAUUUGAAGCCUCUUCUUAGAUGGGUGCAUUGCCUAUAGGACUGUUCUAGGGGGACCUAGUUAUAGACAAGACUCACAAGGAAAGUCUCAAAUGCUGUCCCAAGUGGUCAAAUAACACCUUGACCUAUCCUAGACCAUGUCAGCAGCUCCAUGCUUCUUGGGAGCGGUUGGAACUACUGAGCUGCUCCUCAUCCCUUCAGGCAUCUCAGGUGUGUCCAUAAAGAGGAGAUGGACUACAUGAGAAGCCAACAAGACAAGCCACCAGGAGACCACAGGGUAUGAGCCGAGGUGCUGAAUGUCAACACUGCCUCUGCUGAGCUGAAUGCCAGUUGAUAGAGAGGAGUUCACAGGGGGUAUUCAGCUGGUUCGAACGAGUUCACCCGAACCGGUAGCAGAAAUCGUAGGUGGACCCACUCACCCGCCUUGGCUCUAUGCCAUUGUAUUUAGGUACGUUUUUGAGGUUUGGUCACAUGCGUGGUAGGAGUGCGCACCAGCAAAGCACAUGCGUGGUAGCUCUGGUGUACGCAUGAAGGCUGUCCGCACACUCACGUUUGCGAACCAGUAAGGAAGGUAAGUGCAUACCACCUCUGGAGGAGUUAGGUUCAAAAAUCUCUGCCCCCAUCUAUUGUAGUGACCAAUGUCUUCUGGGCCCUGCCUGCAAGCCAUACCGGUUGGCCAGAAGGUCAGAAUAUUCAUAGUCCCUGUAGGACUUUGGUGUUUGCAAAACAACCCACUACGGUUGAAUGCAAACUAGCUGAGAGGAUACGAAGGAAAAAGGCACCACAACUAGGUUGAAGUGUAUUGUUUUGGACUGUGAAAGGCUGAGCAGCUCAUGCCUGGGAACUCAACACAAACUGCACACCGAUCAUUAGACACACCCCGCAGCUGCGAGACGGAAGAGGGUGAACAACAAAAAAAAACUGCUUAACCCCAAUAACACACCACAAAAAAUCCAAAAUCCUCUUCUGUCACAGAACAAAACAUCUUAAAUCAUUCCCCCUCGAGUACCUACAAUUUCUGUGACCUCCUUCACACGUUGCGGUACAAUGCGCCACCCUAAAGUGCCUUGUAAACAAACCACUUGAAACAGCAUUAACCCAAGAUCCCUCAGCUUCACUUCACUUCACCCUUCGGUUAUAGUUUUUGAUAGACGUAGAAAUGAUUCCACUCCAAGAACACUCCUUAAAGAGCCAUCUUCCCCCAAGGGAAGUGGAAGUUUCUACGCUAAAACAUAGCGGGUAGAAGUUUAAUUCUUGCUAACAAAGAUUUCUCCUGUUUUAGUGUAGGUUGGCAUAUUUAGCUGGAGAAUAAGUUUCAGUCUUAAGUUUUAGUCUCAGCUUUAUCAUCACUUGACUCAUUCAUCUGGUCCAGGGGUCAGCAACCUGUGGCUCUGGAGCCGCAUGUGGCUCUUUCACCCCUCUGCUGCGGCACCCUGUCGCUCAAAAUAUGCGUCACAACCGCCAGUGUGUGACACCCACUUGGCACAUGAUUUAUUGAGCUUUUCGACUCCCGGUAGGUCAACCAUGGAUAAAUCCAAGAAAAGAAAAGUUUCAGAAGAAAACAGAAUGCUUAAUUCAACUACGUAUGCUAGUUUUGUGGUCACUCAGGAAAUAGUCAGGCACGGGAAGGGUUUUGUGGCUCCCGGUGUUUUCUUUUCUGUGGGAAACGGGUCCAAAUGGCUCUUUGAGUGUUUAAGGUUGCCGACCCCUGAACUGGACCAUGCAAUGCACUGACACCUGGUGUUAGAUUUAUUCUGAGGACUAGUCAUUAUGCCAAAGGAGUUCAAUUUAAUUCCCUGUCACACCCCACAAAACGUUUGCCCUCCUUUUCAGAGGAGUAGCCAUUCUUCCUUCAAACUGCUUGAAGCCCCCAUUAGACCCACCAGCGAUGAAACCUUUCUGCCGUUUAAUUUAUUUUUUGUUUUCUCAUGUGAACUUUUUGAUAUUUAAAUUUGGGGUUUAUUUUUUCACGGGACGUCUUGCCGCAGAUGGGAACGUCUGUUUACGCAAAUGUAAGGAGCCCAAUCCUGGUAAUAAUCCCAGUUGUAAUUAAAAAUGUACACACAGAA